AUGCGAAUUGAUAAUACGACCAUGAAAAGUGACGGCGAGGAUCCUAUCUCAAAUCCGACAACAGAAAGUAGAAAAGGCAGGGGCGGUGGUAAGGGAGGAGGUAGCGGGGGAGGGGGAGGGGGAGGAAGAAGGGAACGUAAGAAGAGAAUCGGGAGAGAGGAUGAGGAAAUAUACGAAGAGAUAGAUGAGGAUGUGGAGGUGGAAGGGGGUGGGGGAGGGAAAAGCGAGGACAGCGCGGGAGGCGAGGGUGGAAGAACGAGGAGAAGGACGUUUACGAAGAGAAGAACUACCCGAACGAAACGAGACAAUGACGAAGAAGAACAAGAGCAAGGAGGAGGAGGAGGGGCUGGGGGUGGAAAAGGUGGUGGUGGAUGGGAGGUGUAUCCAUCUAAGCUUGAGUCGAAAUUGUAA